GGUUGGCAGCCUCCGUUUGCUUGUGAUGUCGACAGACUUCACUUCGUCCCUCGGAUCCAGAGGCUCAACGAGCUGGAGGCGCAGACCAGAGUCAAACUCAACUUCCUCGACCAGAUCGCCAAAUUCUGGGACCUGCAGGGAUGCGCCCUGAAGAUCCCCCACGUGGAGAGGAAGAUCCUGGAUCUAUACAAGCUGAACAAGCUGGUCGCAGAGGAUGGAGGCUUUGAUCUGGUCUGCACGGAGCGCCGCUGGACGAAGAUAGCGAUGACGAUGGGUUUCGCUCCAGGUAAAGCGGUGGGCUCUCACCUGAGAGUUCACUACGAGAAGAUCCUGUACCCCUACAACCUGUUCCAGAGCGGAGCACACCUGCUGGCUCCAGAGGCAGCUUCCAAACUGAAGCUUGGUUUGGAGGCUGAGCCUGAACUGGAAAAGUGUGUUCAGAAGGCGGAGGGAACAGGAAGUGACAUCACCGCGGACACCAAGGAGCUGCAGACCCCCCCGACCUCGCCCGACACACACUCUGAAAGAAGAGCCAAACGCAUGAAGUGUGAGGCCGUCUGUGUGAAGACAGAACCAGUCGAGCCCGGAGACAGACCCAACCUGAGGAGGAGGAUGGGAUCCUUCGUCGCCAAACAGGAACCAGAAAAAGAGAUUCCCAUCCCAGUGAAACAGGAGCCCGUGGAAAUUAAAGAGCCGAUCAUAGAAGACAAAUUAAAGUCACGAUACAAGAAACCCCCUCCAGUCCUCCCCAGUGCACCGGCCUGGCUCUCCCCCUCUGUGCUGCAGGUGGACCUGGUGAUCUGUCUGGUGUGUGGUAGCGGGGGGGACGAAGAGCGCCUCCUGCUGUGCGACGGCUGUGAUGACAGCUAUCACACGUUCUGCCUCAUCCCCCCCCUGCCAGAAAUCCCCAAAGGAGACUGGAGGUGCCCCAAGUGCCUCGCUCAGGAAUGCAACAAACCUCACGAGGCGUUCGGCUUCGAGCAGGCGUACAGAGACUACUCUCUGAGAGCCUUCGGACAAAUGGCCGACGCUUUCAAAUCGGAUUACUUCAACAUGCCGGUUCAUAUGGUUCCCACGGAGCUGGUGGAGAAGGAGUUCUGGCGUCUGGUGGGAGCGAUCGAGGAGGACGUGACCGUGGAGUACGGAGCGGACAUCGCCUCCAAAGAGUUCGGCAGCGGGUUCCCGAUCCCCAACGGGAGGUUCAAGGUCUCCCCGGAGGACGAGAAGUACCUGCAGUGCGGCUGGAACCUGAACAACCUGGCGAUGAUGAACCCCUCGGUGCUGACCCACGUGACGGCUGAUAUCUGCGGCAUGACGCUGCCCUGGCUCUACGUCGGGAUGUGCUUCUCCUCCUUCUGCUGGCACAUAGAGGACCACUGGAGCUACUCCAUCAACUACCUGCACUG